AUGUCUCGUUCACAAUAUCGUCCAGCACCUUACAAUCCAUACGCAGGAGCCUCAUGGCCUGGUCCUCCGCCUUUCUCAGGUGCACCCCCCAUGCCCAACGGUCUUAAUAUUUCUCAACAACGAUGGCAAGGCGGUUAUUGGUACCCAAACGCUGCCUAUAAUCCUGCUUCACAACCAGGCAGGUUCCAGCAAUGGAUCCCAAGCCAGGCCUGGCAACAGCCCCAGCCCCAGCAGCAGCAGCAAGCAGCGUCAUACAAUCCUUACAAGCGUGUUCCUCGCCCACCCAGUGCUGAAUACUUGGCCUCGAAAUUGUCCGAUAACCCUUUAGGCUUGACAAACAUGAUCCCUGCAGAGAACCUCUACGGAGACGAAGAGGAAGAUAAAACCGUCGCACCUCAGACCCCCUGGAUAUGGAGGCCUCAAAAUCUUGAAGGAGAAGGUGCACCUCCAAACGGUUCUGGACCUGAUCCGUCCUCCUCCGCUACCAAUCGCAAUCGCUCAACAUCUCAGACUCGUCAUGCCUCAGACCCAUCACCAUCCAACACAAAUCGCGACUCGGGCGUCUCUCGACAUUCUUCAGAGCCAGCGCCAGGUAGGGUAGGAAACAUCGAUGAUUCCCAUCCCUCUUUUGUCGGUUCUCUCGACCGACCCAAGACUUAUCCACGCAGCACAGACCCUGCGACGCCGGAACGACAACAAUCGGGUCCCAAGGAGCCAGAGACCUUCACAGCAAAACGAGAGUUAAAACCCACUUUUUCCAUGAACAUCAUCCGCACCCCAGAGCAUUACCAAUCCUCCCCGAGCCGCAACUCCUCCCGCAAUUCCACGGACUCGCAGCUUUCCUCCCGAAUGUCCCAGCUUAGCACAGGCAGCAGCAAUGGAUCCGGCUCACGGCAAUCCUCUGGAAAUUCUCCCGAAUAUAUCUCUCCAUCCUCCUCCACCUCUACAGUCAGCGGCGUAUCAGCCCUAUCAGACGAGCCCGUUAGCAUACUCAGCCCACUAAUGAUGGUCAACACUCCCAAGCCAUCCAGUAGAUCCGUCGCUCGGCACUCUUCCGUCCCCGUAGUGGGCUCCUCUUUCCUUAGCACCAUCCCUGAAGCACCUUCAACCUUUACUCCCCAGCGGAACGGCUCCCGUCACACAUCCUACGUUGAAACCAGCACCACCCCAUCCCCAAAAAGCCCAAGAAGCCGCUCCUCCUCUCGCCCUUCCUCUCGCCCCUCCUCCCGCCCCACAUCGCAACACACCUCCCCCGUCCGGUCAUCCAGUUUCCCCGACUGGCAUACCCCCCCAAGCAGUGCCCCAGCCACCAGCAGCAGCAGACUGUCCGGCGGGUCCGGAGACUGGCAUACUCCGCCACCACCACCACCUCACAGCGCCAACUCCACAUCGCAACGCUCCAACCCACUCCCUGCUCCACCCCAAGAAGUUCGGCACACCACCAUUCCACCAACACAGACGACGCCCCCACAACACUGGCGCGAACGUGUUCGCAAGGGUUUCUGGAAUAGGCGUGGGGAUCACCUGACUAUGUCCGGCUAUGUAGUCUACGCGCCCCCGGAGAAGGCUUAUCCCCCCGAGUUGCGUAAUUAUCCCCAGGAGCGGGUCUCCUACCGGGAUGAGGUUGGGAAUGAGACUCCAUAUGUGGAGAGGCCCGAGUUGCCAGAGUCUUUACCACGUCAUGGAAAUGCUCCUGAGCAGCCUUACGAAGUUUUCAUUGUCUAUGAAUAUCGAGUUUAAAAAUUGUGUUACCUUUUUCAACAUACCCAUGAUACCGAGUUAAUCUCCUCUGAUACCACUUUUCUAUCAGUUCUCCAUACCAUAAUCUCCCCACUCAAUAACCUAAAAUUUUGCAUGUAUAUCUGUUUUCCGUGAAAACUUCAUAUAUUC